UCGAUUUUAAACGGUCGCACAUAUCUAGUAAACGGUUAAUAUGUAUGUUUUUUGAGUGAUGUUAUCUAAUUUAUUAAUUGAAAUUAACAUUCAAAGUUAAAUUAAUCUAGCGAAAAUGGAAAACAAUGGUUGGGAGAGCGUAUUGAUAGAAUGGGUGAAUUGCCUGCAACUAUCUAAUACUAUAAAAGAAUUAAAUGAAUUGAAAAAUGGAGAUUUUUUUUCACGUUUGCUAGCAGUCAUAACCCAAGACAAAAAUUUAAAUGAUGUUGACAUUUUAACGACAAUAUUUAAAACCCUUAAAAAGGAGUAUCCCCACUGUCAGUUUGAUAAUGAGAAAACAGUACAUAUACAAGACCUGACAAACAAUGAUAUUAUUAUAAUCUCUUCUUUACUUAUGCAUUAUUCCUGUGUUUUUGAACACAGGGAUGUUCUUACUUCACCAUUAUGUCAAAGAUUGUCUCAUCAUACUCAACUUUGUAUAAGAAUGUUUUUAGAGAAAAUUCAAAAUGAUGUUACAAAGGACAUACUUUUUGAAACAAUCAAGAAUUGUACUUUUGUUAAUGAAUUUAAAAAAAAGUUACAAAGUUCUCAAUGGAUGUCAGGUGGAGACUCGCCGCUUAGUAGCAGAAGCCCUUUACAGGAAUUGCUUUACACACCAGGAUAUAAGAAGGCAUACAUUCAAGAACGAGAACGUGAAAUAAAUAAGCUAAGGCAAGAAUUAGAAGUCGAACGAUAUGAAAAAUUAGAUAUUCAGGAAGAAUUAAAGCAACAACAGGAGCAUAAUGAAAAAAUUGGGAAAGAAUUGUCUGAAAAAUUAGCAGAAAUAAAAAAAUUGCGAUCGGAAUUAGUAGCCAGUCAGUAUGCUUCUCCCUUUAAGAGCGACGAUCAGUUUUCUCAAGAUUUGCAGCGACGUUUGAAAGGUGAAAUAAAAAAUUUAGAACGAUAUGUGUUACAACUUGAAUCAGAAAUUGAGAAACUUCAAAACGAACGAUCUUCUCUAAAUGAAAAUCUUGUAAAAGUGGAAAGGGAAUACAAUGCUAUUCAAGAUAAGUGUUUGUACAGUGAACAUAAGUACGACAUUUUAUUAGAAAAAUACGAAAUACAAAGAUGUGAAUUGCAAAAUUUACAUCAACACUGUAAUGAACUAACUACUUUAUUGGACGAAUUAAAGAAUUCAAAGUCAAACGACAGUUACAUAGAAGUGGAGUCUAUCAAUUGCGAUUUCCAAAAACGAAAAUCAAUUCAGUCAACUUCUUGUGAAGAUUUGGCCCAUGCUGUUGUAGAAGUACAACUGCGGGAAUCACUGAAAGAAAAUAAUGACUUAAAAAGUAUUUUGAAAGCUACUCAAGAAAUGAACAAUACACUACAAGGCAACAUUGAUAUUGGAAAUAAGAAAUUGCAGGAGUUGAAUAAACAAUGUGAAGAUCUUCAAGUGGAAUGCCAAGAACUAAAAAAUAAGGUAUCUAUUCUUCAUGAAACACAGUUAGCACUUGAAGAAACCAAGACUGAACUUGCCCAAUUGACUCAAACUAUUAAGAAGCUGGAUACAGAAAAAAAUACUCUUAAUCUACAAAUUGAUUCUAUGGAAGAUCAGUUAAAUUUAACAAAAAAUCUUCUAUCUGAAUCUGAAAGUGAAAAAGAAACUCUUAAUACCAACAUUAAACUGCUACACGAAAAAAUUAUUGUACUUGAUAAACGUUUAUAUGAAAAGGACAUUGCUUGUGAUGCUUUUGAAAGGCAAAGCAAAGAACUUCAAAAGGAUUUGGAGACUUCUAUGGAAAAGUUCAAUGCCACACAUCUCGAAUUAGAAAAGUUAACAGAUAAAUUUAAUUUUUUGGACCAAGGAAUGGAAGCUAGUUUACAAAAGUUGGAGUCGCUAGUUUAUGAAGAGAAGAAAAAUGAAUUUGAUUAUCAGCAUAAAAAAGGCGUUUUCGAUUGCAUUUUAAGUCAAAUAGAGCUCGAUAAAGUAAGGGAUAUUAACGAUAAAAAAAAUCUACGUGAAAAAAUAGUACAAUUGGAGGAACUUGUCUCCUAUUUACAAGAUGAAAUUAAAAAAAUAAAUGACGAAAAAGUAACAACGGUACAAGAGAAAAUACUGUUAGCUGAUAAUUUACUGUUGCUGGAGAAGAAAGUUGGUGAAAUGCAGAUAAUAAUAGAGCAAUAUGAGAGUAAAAUAGACAACUUCAAUAAUCGUAUUUCUGGAAUGAGUGCAACGAUUGAAGAAUUAGAAAUGUUAAAAAUCGUGGUAAAAGAAAAAGAAAUAGCUAUUGAGACCAGCCAAUCCAAAGUAAAUGUGAUUGAAAAUGAGUUGCUAUCUGUAAGAGAAGAAGUAACACAACAUAAGCAAAUUAACGAUGAAUUACGUUUAUCAAAAGAAAAGUUGAUAGCAAAAGUAAAUGAAUUAAACGAAGAACUUUCUCAAAUACAAAAUUCAUAUGUAGAAUGCAAUCAGUCAAAAAAUAAUCUUGAAAGGAAAUUACAAUUAUUAGAGGAAGAAAAAACUCAAUUGAGUAAUCAGUUAAGCAGUAUAAAUAACGAACUAGCUUUCUCACGAAAUAAUGAAGUUAUGCUUCAAAAUGAGAUAGAAAAUAAUAAAAAAAUAAUAAAUGAGUUACAAGAAAAGAUCACGCAAUCGAAAUUUGAAUUGGCUCAGUAUGAAAUAGUUGAAUUAGAGCUGAAAAGAACAAUAAACGAUGUAAAAAGUGACAAAGAACAACUACAACAAGAGCUUGCUAAAAAAACUGAAAUAGCAUUUGAAAUCCAAAAUACUCUUUCAGACUGUCAUAAAAAAGAAAUCACUCUUAAAACAAACUUAGAAGAGGCACUGCGACAAAUUGAAUUUAGUAAAAUUACAGAAGAAAAUUUACACAAAGAAAUUGUUGAAAAGGAAAAAAAAUAUUUAAAAGAAAUUGGACAACUGCAAGAACAAAUACAAAGUUACAAAUGUCAAGUAUCACAACUUGAAGAAAAAUUGAACGAUUCCGUCAAAAAUGCGUCUCAAAUGUCAUUAGAAUUAGAAAAUACUGAGCAGCAUAAGGCAAAAUUAGAAGAAGAAUUGGAUUCCGCAAGACAGGAAUUUGAAAGAAAAGUCAGCUUGUUGAACACCACCAUAGCUAAGUUAGAAGAAAAUGUUAAUAUAUUUUCCAAUAAAAAGGAAGAAUUACAAGAAAUCUUGAAUAAAAGGACUCAUAUAUGUCAAAACUUAGAAAUAGAUAAUCAAGGCUUAUUAAUAAAGCAAAAAGAAAUGGAACAGGAAAUAAAAGGUUUAUCAGAAUCUUUGAAAAGCAAGGAGAAAGAAUGCGUUGAACUUGCUUCUACUAUUUCAGAUUUAAGCCUUGAAAAAGACAAAGCAAAUUCUGAAUUGGAAACAAAAAUCGAUUCUAUAAAAGAUAUGGAAGCAAAAGUACAAAGUCAAGAAUAUGCUAUUUAUCACUUGAAUCAGUUGAUUCAGGCUGAGACCUCAAGAGUAGAAAAGUACGACAUUAAAAUAAAAGAACUUGUAAAAGAAAUAGAGAUUAUUACAAAUCUGAAAGUUCUUACAGAAGAAAAAUAUGUGGAUUUAGAAAGAAACAGUUCUACUGCUAUUAAAGAACUUGUUACUACAACAGAACAACUGCGAAAUACAUUAGCAGAACAUACAGAUUUUCAAAAUAAAACCACACAUGAAAUAGAGGUUCUGAAAAAGGAGUUACAAGAGAAAUGCGAACAGUAUGAAGAUUUAGUUUCAGAACGAUCUAAUUUGGUCACUCAACAUGAUGGAGACAUUGAGCGAUUAAAUAAGGAAAUUUUCAAAUUGAAAACUGAAACUGAAAAAUUAUCUCACCGUGAAUUUCAGUACCUCGAUGAACUUAGAAAUCUUAAAGAUGAACUUCAUGAAAUUAUAACAAAAUACUCCGAAACUCUUGAGAGUAUUCAAGAUAUUAAAAUGGAGAAUGAGGUGCAAGUUAAUUCUUUAACAGAAAAUUUACAUACUGUAAUUUCAAGAUACAAUGAUUUAGAAGAAAUGCAUAAAGAAAAGCUAAAAGAAUAUCAACUCUUUCAAGAAACGUACAGUAGUUUAAAGAAGGAUCACGAAGAACUGUUAAAUAAAUUUUCUGAACACGAUGUCUUACAUAAGCAACAACUUGAAAGAGAAAUGUCUUUACUCAAUACAAGAUUGGAAACAUCGAAUAUUAGAGAAAAAAAACUUGAAGAUCAGUUAUCACAAGUUGUCGAUGACCUUAAUAAAAUGAACGCAUCAAACAAGGAACUUUUAUAUGCUAAUAAAAAAGCGUUGAGUGACUUAGAUCACUCAAAGGUCGAAAAUUCGGACAUGAUAGAAAAAUUAAAUAAAUUACAAGAAGUUCACGAAAAUCUUGAAAUGGAUUUUGUUAAUCUAAAGAACGUACACGAACUUUACGUUAAAGAAACUAAUAAAACUGCACAGCAAUUACAUAAUCAGUAUACGCAAAAAAUAGAGGAGUUGCUGAAAGAAAAGGAAGACUUAAAAGCAGUUGUUGCUGAAACUAAAGUUAAAAUUAAUGUUUUAUUACUAGAAAAGGAGCAAAUUGAGAAAAAUUAUCACAAUCAACUUCAAGAAAAGAACAACGCAAUAAAUAAACUUCACAUUGAAAACGAGAGUCUAAAACAAAAUGUUAUGAAAAUUACUGAAGAAACCCAUUUAUUUGAGAAAAGGCUUCAAAUUGAAGAAGAACAAUAUAACAUGUUAAAAAUAAAAAGUGAAGAAAAUUUGCAACAAGCAAAAGAAAGGAUCAUAAAAUUAGAAGAUGAUAUUAGAAAAUUAAAGUGUGCUAACAGUAUUUUAGAAACAGGUCAACAACAGUUACAAAAGGAAAUUGAAACAUUAACGAAUAAAAUUGUCAUCUUAGAAGAAUCAAAAUUAAGCGAUAGUGAAAAGUAUAAACAAGAUAUUCAUAUGAAGAAUAAAGAAAUCGCUGGUAUCUCAAAAACGGUCGAAGAUUUGCAGUGGAGACUACAUCAGAAAGAUCAAACUAUAAACGAACUGCAGAAAAAAUAUGAUGAUGUCUGCAAAGCUUCUGAAGAUGAUCUAAUGAAAAUUAAAAUAUUAUUUGAAAAUGAAAAGACAGCAUGCUCAUCAGUUAAGUCAGAAUUAGAAACUAAAAUUUUGGAGCUAGCAAAGGAGCAAAUACAACUGUAUGAGUUAUUACAAAAGCAAUACGAACUUUUGAAGAUAAAUUUUACAGAAAAACAGCAAACUACUGAAAAACUAAAACGGUUAAUUGAUAAAUAUUCUGCCAGCGACGUACGAAAUAAUUCUGUCUUGAAAUGCGAGAUCAAAACUCAGGAAACUACCGAUGUUUCAAACAUUGUCCAAAACAUCGAAGCAGACAUUGAAGUUUUGGAGUUGUUAAAUAAAAAAAAACUUGAAAAUUUUGCCGCGUUAAAGGAUAUGUGUUCAAAGCUUGGGAAGUUAAAGAAAAUGAGAAGUGAUCUACUCCAGGCUCAUGCAAAUCAGUUAAAAGAGACAGAAGAUAAUCUUUUUGAGGUACAUGAAAAAACCGUGAAGGCUACAUCCGAAUUUUGUCAAAUUAUUUUCUCAGAAGAAAAUAGCAUUUUUGAUCAAGGGCAAGUGUUAAAAAAGUUGGAAAUGCUUUUAAACGGGGAAAGAAAAUCAAAAGAAAUCCUGGAGUUAAAUUUAAUGGAUUUAACAAAUGAAAAAUUUAAAGUUUCUCAAAUUCAAGCGGCUCUUAAAUCCAGUGUUGAAAAAAUGAUUUCUUAUAUGAGCAAUAAUCAGUGUCAAAUUUAUACUCUUCCAAGUGGAUUUACGAUAGAUACUAGUUCUCUUGAAGGCCUUUCAUAUUGCAUUAAAGAAGUUGAAAACACAAUUAUUUCUGUUAUCAAUGAAAAACGAGAAAUUAUAGAAAAACAAAAGGAAUUAGAGAACGAAAAUAAAAAUAAUAAAGUCCAGCUUGAUACAUUGAUUGAACAAAGUAGUCAGUUGAAUAAAGAGAAAGAAAAAUUGGUAAAUGAUUACAAUUCUCUUUUAAAUGAGUAUCAAAAAUUGAAAAAAGAACUGACAACAUUCGAUGGUUUAUCUGAAAAUUUACAGAGAUUGAAGACAGAUUACGAAGAUCAGACUAAAAUCAAAGAGACUUUAACUCUACAAAAUUGCGAAUUAGGGGAACACCUGAAAGAACUUGAGAAUCGUGAAAUUCAAUUCAAUGAGCUCCACAAUAGAUUAAUAGGAUCCUGUAAAGAUGUAAGAAGCAGACUAGAAACAUUAAUAACCGAACGAAAUUCUUUAGAAGCACUUUCAACAAAUCUUGUAAAAACUUUUAAUUCAGUGCAAAACAAACUUUGUUCAGUAACAGACUCUAAAUCCUUGCUUGAGCAAAACCAAACAUUAGAAAUAUUAAGCAUCGAUAUAAAUAAGCAGCUUGAAAAACUUUCCAAAAAUCUUUAUAAGAUUUCAUUAAAUGCCGUCCUUAAUAUUGAAAACGUAUUGACUCAAAAAGCACUUAGUUCGCACGCAACUUCCACAAAACCUGAAGUUUUACAGAUAGAUUUUGAAGAAAAAAUUGAAGAGAUUAACGAUUUAAAAGACCGAGCGAAAGACAUUUUAGAGCAAUUAAAAACAUUCGAGAAAACUGUCGAUAGCUUUAUCGCUACAAAGUCUUUAAAACUCCAAAAAGAAACGGUUCCUCUACAAAAAAAUAUUUUAAUGAAAGAUGAAGAAUACAAGAAGAAAAAUCUUGCUCUAAAGCAAAAGUUGACUUUGGCAGAGAAUGCAAAGGCAAAUUUAGAAAAGAAAAUUAAACAAUUACGUGAAGAAAAUAAAAAAUUAAUAGAAAAAAGUCACCCGGAAAACGAAAUCAUGUAUAAACAAUUAUUAGAAGAACAUAAGAAAACUAAAAGCGAGUAUGAGAGAAUCCUCCAAGACUGCAACAAGCAAUAUGAAGCAUUAUAUAAGGAAUAUGAAAAUUACAAACUACACAAAGACGUUAAGUCAGAGCCAAUUAACAUUAAAACCGAAAAUGAUGUAGAAAUGGAAAGUAUACAAGAUGCUUACAGUAAACUUUUAAGUGAAAAAUAUCGUCUUGAAAUGGAGAACGAAACGCUUCAUUCAAUAUUGAAAGAGAAGAAUUCUCACGUAACCGAUGUGGAGUUGUUGAAAGAGAAUUAUACGAAAAUACUGGAAGAGAAAACCAGAUUAAAAACCGAGUUGGACACUGUGAAGUAUAAACGAACCAGAGACAGAGAAGACUACAUGCAAAUAAUAAACAGAGAACGUGAGAAAGAAGCUCAAAAGAUUCAAGAAAUUCGAAAUAAAUACGACGCAAAAUUGGACUUAAUUAAACAGAGAAUGAUUACAUUAUAUAAUGAUGAACUUGAGAAAGAGAUUCAAAAGAAGUUGGAGGAAAAAACAGAAAACGAACAAUUAUCAAAUAUGGUAAAAAAUCUUAGAAUAGAAUUAGAAAGGGCAAACAAGAAAAUAAUUGAAUUAGAAAACCAGCAGAGGAUUGAAAAAGAGAGAGAGUCUCAUUUUCGUCAUAUCGAAAGCGACGUAUGUACUAAUUCUAGGGAAUCAUUGCAAGUAGAUGGUUUUAGAGAGUCCUUAACACGCUUAAAGAAUAAUAUUAGCGACUACAAACGGGACUUGCAGUUUCAGAAUGAAAACGCUACAAGAUAUAAAGCUCCUUUGGAUGAUGUUUUUGAUGUCCCUGAUAGCAAAGCCAUUGUCAGGAAAAGAAUCACCGAAGAAAAACUUUAUUCAACUUUGCCAAAAAAUAUUGGUAUGGAUGUCAUACAAGAACUGACCAUUUCUAGGAAAACAUCAUUAACUUCUUUGCAACAUCAUCCUAUAGGACAAAGUUUGGAGAUGGAAGAUGAAGAAUCAGACUUAUUUAACAACAAAUAUUUAACCGAUUUGAAAGAAGGAAGGUGCACGCUACCUUCAAAUAAGGAAUCGAAUGUAGAGAGGUUAUCACAAUUGCAGUGGAGAAAUUCUCUUUAUCCACCCCACUUAAAGUCUUCUUACCCGGCCGAGACACAAUUUAAUAGUCCUUCGCAAUUUAAAGAGGAAGACAUAAAGACAGGGGUAGUAGAUUUUGAUGACAGUAUGAGUACUAAACUUUUACCAGGUGAAAAGGUAAGGAAGAAGGAUAUCGGAACUACAUCGUAUAAAAAGCCAGGUCCACCUACCCCUAGCAAAAAUGGGGGUCGCGUUUCUCUUCAAGGGAAUGAAAUCCAUUCUAAAGAUGUCUUAAGAGACCAUAACGAUAAAACUCCAAAACGUACUACUCCCAGCCGUUUGAGGGCCCUUUUCAUGGGACGCAGCUCGAUCAGUACCAGAGAGAACUCUGAGGUAGGAAGUGUGGGCGAUAUUAAUAAUAGUAAAUUGAAGCAAUGUGCUUGUGAUUGUCAUGGUAAAUUUUUGUGCACGUCUUUCUUAAAAUAUGAAAACAAAAGUAUGGUUUCACGUUUAUGGAAUUCUUUGUGGUUCUAUUUAAAAUAUUUCGGACUUUUCUUGUCUUUGCCUGUGAUAUUAUCGUUGCUAUUGUAUAACUACCUGAAUUAAACUUUUUUCGUUUUUGACUAACAUUUUCUUUUUUCAAUGGUAGGGGUUUUAUAAUUGAUUAUAGCUGCUUUCUUUUAAUACUAAAACGGUAAAAUGGAACCUGUAUGGUAAUAAGGUAGUACUCCGAUGACCGCACGUCCGUUUUUAUGUUACGAUUGAUUUUUCAAUCAUUUUGCGUUAUAGAUUUUAGAUUUGGAACAAUUGUAGAAUGAAUUAUACAGUAGACACUCGAUAGUCUGAACAAAAAAAUAACAGUUGUUCACAUUAUCGAACUUUUCACGUUUACGAAUGUUAUAUUUAAUAAACAUCUAUAGUUUACAAAAUAAAUAUACAUACAUAUAAAUAUAAAGCACUAAUACUCAUUAAAAGAUUGCAAUAAAUAUGUAAUAUGCGUACAUUUUUGCUGUAUAUGAACAACGUAGAUACCACAACUACACAAAUAUUAACAAUGAGCUACAUAAAGCAAAUACACGAAUAAAACAACCUCUCCGGCUAAUACGACUGGAGAGUACCAAGGAUUUACAACAAUGACGCAAUAGAAACGGCGUGAUAUAGAACUUGAAAAAAUUCGUUUCUAUAACCGAAGGUUUAGUUGUUCAUGGUGUACGACGGUUUACAAUGGUCACAUUAUGCGGGCUUUCAGUUAUAGGAUGUUCACAUUAUCAAGUGUCUACCGUAACGAUCUUUUAUUUUAAUUGCAGAAGUGUUAUAAAAAAAUUAUUCCUAAUAUUGUGGGAUAAAAUAAAAUUGUACUAUUUUUUUAACGCAGUGAAUGAAAAUAAUUAUUAUUUUUUGAAAUCAUUAUUUGUUCAGGUACGGAACUUUCGGAACCUUCAGUGCUUUUUUAAAAAUAUCAUUUCAUUUACAAUUUUCGCUUUUGUUUACAGUAUCUACUGUUAUUAAUAUUGUAUUGUUAUGCUUGAAUUAACAACGAA